ACCAAUGCUAAAGGUGAUUACGUGAACUAGCGUCACUACCUGGCGCUAAGUUCGCCAUUAAAGUUAGAGCGGAUUUAGCAGCCGACAACAGAACAGUGUCGCAGCAUUUCCCUGUUCGUUUUCACCCGAAGUUUCCCGCCUCUGUUAUGAGAUAGCUCUGCCGUAGCCUUUUGUUCACUAGCUCUUAGUCCGUUUGCGGUACGGUUAGCUUAUUUUGCGCUAACAUGUCCGGAGGAUUCGCUCGAGGACCCUCGGGAAGCAACGAUUGUCGGAUAUAUGUGGGAAAUCUUCCCCCAGACAUCCGCUCCAAAGACGUCGAAGACUUAUUUUAUAAAUACGGGUCUGUGCGUGAUAUUGACCUGAAGAACCGCAGAGGAGGACCGCCGUUUGCUUUCGUUCAGUUCGAGGAUCCGAGGGACGCUGAGGAUGCUGUGUACGGGCGAGAUGGUUAUGAUUACGAUGGCUAUCGACUGCGUGUGGAGUUCCCAAGAAGUGGAAGGGGUGGCGGAGGAGGAGGAGGUGGUGGAGGCGGAGGCAUGGGGCCAUCGAGGAACCGGUACGGUCCUCCAUCCCGACGCUCCGAAAACAGAGUGGUUGUGUCAGGUCUUCCCCAAAGCGGGAGCUGGCAGGACCUGAAGGAUCACAUGCGGGAGGCAGGUGAUGUAUGUUACGCUGAUGUCUUCCGCGAUGGCACAGGUGUGGUGGAGUUUGUGCGCAAAGAAGACAUGACCUACGCUGUGCGUAAAUUGGAUAACACCAAGUUUCGUUCUCAUGAGGGAGAGACGGCCUACAUACGUGUGAAGAUGGAUGGCAAUCGCAGCCCCAGCUACGGCCCCUCUCGCUCUCGUAGCCGCAGUCGAAGCCGCAGCAAGAGCCGGUCCCGCAGCUACUCCCCGCGCCGCAGCAGGGGAUCCCCCCAGUACUCGCCCCGGCGUUCCCGUUCACGCUCCCGUUCCCGUACUUAGAUCUGCCUAAACUGAAGCAGCGGUGUACCUCAGAGCCAGAGAGGAGGCGGUCACGUUUAAAAUCCAGUGGUUACUCCCAGGAUCAUCUCUCACUUGUGUACAAUGUUGUUUUGUGUGUUUCACCCACCCCUCCU